AUAUCGGCCUUAAUCUGCGCCGUGUUACGAGAAGAUCAAGAAAACAGAACGCAGAGGGUUGUCCGUUUCGUUCGAGGAUACGAGGUUUUUAAUCACCGCCACAAUGGUGAAAAUGCAAGGAUUGAGUUUGAGCAGCUUAAGAAAGCAUCCACCUCUGAUUCCACUGUUCGUCUGCAUAGGCGUCGGUGGAGCUGCCGCAUUCUUCUACACGUUACGUUUGGCGACUCGUAAUCCCGACGUUUCAUGGACGAAUAAGAAAGAAGCCCAGCCUUGGGAUUACUAUAAGGACAAACAAUAUAAGUUCUACUCACCCAAGAUAGAUUACGACAAAAUGAAAAGUCCAGCACCAGAAUACUGAGCUGUUAUGUAAACUAGUAUUUGUUGUAGGAUUAAAUUGUUAAAAAUUACUACCUCUAAGUACUUGUGGUCUCCAAGUUACAUGGCUCGAUUUUGCGACUGAGUUGCAAAAGCUUAGCAGUCUUAAAUUACUCCUGGAAGAAAUUCAUUUCUCUAUGUACAUUAUGUAAUGUAAUUUUGAAGAGAUUUAAUAUUUAAUAAAUUAUCUACACAUCCUAAAAUUGA